AUGCAACCACUUCUGGAGGAGGUAAGGCAGUGGAGGCUUGACUCCUGUCUACUGCUCCUUCAGAAGUGGAAGGAGAGUUUGGAGGCCCCGAGCGCGGGCCACUGGACCAUUGAGGCCGUCCGGCCCGUCUUGGAGAGGUGGGUCGGACGAAAGGAGGGGUUCCUCUCCUUCCACCUUACACAGAUCCUCUCGGGACAUGGCUGCUUCGGGAGGUACCUGUCUAGGAGGGCAGGACGGGAACCGACGACAGAAUGCCACGAGUGCGGCGACGCCGAAGAUACGGCGCUACACACGCUGGCGGUGUGUCCCGCAUGGGCUGAGCAGCGGGCCGCACUCGUGGCCGUAGUCGGAAAUGAUCUCUCCCUGCCAGCUGUGGUGGAAGCCAUGGUCGGCGGUGAGAGAUCGUGGAAGGCGGUAGCCUCCUUCUGCGAGGUCGUGAUGACGCAGAAAGAGGCGGCCGAGCGCGGAAGGGAGGAAGAUCCGGCCUCCCAGCCAAUGCGCCGCAAACGCGUGGGGCGGCGGCGGUUGGCUUACGACCGUCGGCUUCCCCCAUAG